CAAGUCCCUUCUUUGAUCAAAAAGUAUAGGGACCUAAAAAAUAAUAACAAUACCAUAUAUCUUCUUAUCUUUCUCAAUCAUUAUCCUAUUUAGUAAUUAAUCAUUUCCAAUUAAUGGCAAUGAGAAAGAGCUACCUCUUUCUAGGAGGAAAAGAAAGGAUUAGUCCUAUGCCUUGUAGUGCUAGUACUCUACAAUUCGAGUUUGAUGAAUCUGAUAUAUGGUGUAAUUCUAAUAAUCCAGACGAAAUUCUUCCUCAAAAAUCAAUACCUAAUUCACGUUUCUUGAAAAAAUCAGCAAAGAAAAGUGGAGGGAGGGCAAUAUCUUCAGCAGCAGCAACAACAUCAUUGCCGGUGAACAUACCGGAUUGGUCGAAAAUCCUAGGUAAUGAUUACAAGAAUAAUUGUCUAAGAGAGAGAAACGACGACGAUGACGAUGACGUGGAUUGUAGAAUUCCACCUCAUGAAUUAUUGGCAAGGACAAGAGUGGCUUCAUUUUCAGUACAAGAAGGUAUGGGGAGGACUCUUAAAGGAAGAGACUUGAGUAGGGUGAGGAAUGCUAUUUGGAAGCAAACUGGUUUUGAAGAUUAAUUAACUACUUAAUUAGCUCUUCUUUUUUUUGUAAGUUUUUUUUUUUUAGCUAUGACUUCAAUCAGAGGAUCAUGACUUACAAUAAGUUCGUGUUAUUCUCAAAUCCUCAUUUUGUUGAUAUCCUCUUUCCUUAAAUUAUGUAGAAUCAUCGGAUUUUUGUUAUCAAGAGGAUCAGUUUUUAGUUUCUUA